AUGGAGUUGCCUCCACCCCCUCCGCCGCCGACGUCGCACCUUGCGCAGGGUCCGGCGGACGACACUAUCACCGAGGGCACGUGCUUUCCUGACCAGAAGUCGUGCACGAAGGCAUUGCGCAAGUAUGCAGCAACACACGGCAUGACCAUCAAGCUCGAUCCAAAGCACCACGGUGGUGCGAUGCUCACGUACAAGUGCGACGGAGGGGAUCAAUGCCGCUUCACGGUUGUUGCACUGCGGUCACAGCGUCAAGCAUCGAGCGGCUAUUUCAUCAGUCAUUGCAACCUUGCUCACAACAUGUGCAUUGGGCGAUCGAAGCUAACAGCUUCCCAAGUCAGGAACGACGAGCUCAUCCGAUCACUAGUGGCAAGCGACCCGAGUAUUGGCGGGAAGGUGAUAGUCGAUCAUGUGAAGCGUAUGCGAGGCGGCUAUCUCCCACUAAGUGAUGUACAAACUGCGGUGAAAGUGGCCACAACAAGAGAAACUGCCCCUCGGGGUAGUGCGCGUGCUGCGUCUGCUAGGUGUAUUGUGUUACGGCAGCACGGUAAUUCAUAA